AUUAAAAAUCAACCUUUUGAUUUACUACAAAAACUAUCUUAUAAUACCAUUGCUUUUGAUCUGCUGACACCAGCAAAAAAUGAACAAAAUCAUCAAUAAGAAUGUUUCUCAGAUCUUCAAUAAAAAUUAUUUAAAGAAAUAACUUCUGCUCAAUCAUACCAAUAUGCUCUAAUCUUGUGCUAAAUUUAUUUCUGAUCAUGUUAUUUACAAAUUUGUAAAUAACAUGAUCAGAAAUAAAUUUACUUAAGCAUGAACAAAACCACAUACUUUGAUGUAUGGCCAUGGUCUGUGUGAAGACAAUUUGACUUCAGUAAUUCAGUCAAAUUUGGCCAUUAAUGUUAUUUGCAGGGUAUGUACUUUGUAGUACAGUAAUUUGGUUUACUUUGAUGAUUUGUUCAUGUGAGAAGUAUGAGCAGAAAGCACUUCUUAGCUGUCCUCAUUGAUUUAAGUGGGACACUCCAUGUAGGAGAUAAAGCCACUCCAUCUGCUGUGUUGGCUUUGCAAAAGCUACAAAAUUCUUCUCUGAAGCUACUUUUUGUUACAAAUACAACUAAGGAAAGUGGAGCAGAUUUGAAGAAGCGUCUGGAUAGAAUUGGAUUUGAUAUAAAUGCCUCCGAGAUUUUUAGUUCUCUUUCAGCUGCUCAUCAGCUUGUAGAAUCUUGUCAGUAUCGUCCCAUGCUGCUUCUCCAACCAUCGGCUAAAGACCAGUUUCCUGGAAUAACAGAGUCUAAUCCAAAUGCUGUUGUUGUUGGACUUGCUCCUGAAUGCUUUGAUUAUACCCACAUGAAUGCUGCCUUCAGACUUAUUAUGGAUGGUGCUCCUCUGAUUGCUGUCCAUGCUGGGAGAUAUUAUAAAGAAGAAGAUGGCCUCUCUCUUGGUCCAGGUCCAUUUGUCAAGGCCUUGGAGUAUGCAACAGGAGUAACUGCUGAAGUUGUUGGCAAACCUGAGAAGAAUUUUUUCCUAGCCGCCCUUGAAAAAAUCAACUGCCCUCCUGAAAAUGCUGUUAUGAUUGGUGAUGACGUACGUGAUGACGUCGCGGGAGCCCAGGCGGCAGGGCUGCACGGGGUGCUGGUCAGGACGGGCAAGUAUCGCGCUGGGGAUGAAGACCUUAUCAGCCCUCCACCUACUGCCACGUUCGAUAACUUCGCCAUGGCUGUUGAUUGGAUUUUACAUCAAGCCUCUUGAAUCAAACAUUUCUUUUUAUUGUUCAAUGCACCGUCUGUUAGCUGUCUCUGCUUAUCGUUUUGGUUUGGUAUAGUAGUAUCAGUAUUGAAUAAUAGGCCACGUUUGGCCUGCUGCCGAUUCCUUUAAUUUUCGUUCCUGUGAUUUUCACAGAAGAUCUAGAAUCUGGCCUUUAUAUUAAAUCUUUUCAAAAACUGGCAUUGAAAUAAAUAACUACUGGACUUACCCCUUGUCAGUGGGGUAAUGGACUAAUGGGUACCGGUACUUCAAGUUUGAACAUUUACGUCUGCAUAGCUUUAUCUAGUUUGUUCUUGAACGCGUUCAUACUCUGGUCUCUGAGCGUCAAGGAUGUCAUCGGGGUGCUCCUCUGAUUGCUGUCCAUGCUGGGAGAUAUUAUAAAGAUUUUUAGUGCCACAUGUCGGUGACUCGAAGUGAAAAGAAUUUUUGUCGCAUGGAUGAGUGUUAAGGCGUUUUUUUAGUUUAUAGCCGUGGCCCCUGAUGUUGAUGCUUGUUUAAUAUUCUCGUAAUUAUUUUGUAGUCUAGUAUCUAUCAUGAGAAUAC